AUGGUAGAACCUGUAGAUGGUCCUACUACACAGAACAGACAAGAUCUUGAUGUCUAUAUGGCAUGGAAGAAAAAGGACUCCAUUGCAAAGGACAUAUUAAUUAGUUCAAUGGUUGAUAACCUAGCUUUUGAGUAUAAGUCGUAUCUUUUGACUUAUGAAGUCUGGGCCCUUAAGGAUAAAUAUAAUGGAGUAAGUAUGAUCUCUUCCGCUUCCUCCUCUUUCUCCCUCUCCUCCGCCUCCCCCUUCUCCUUCGCUCCCACCGCCGCUGGCGCCGCCUCAUCUUCCGCCACUGGUUUCUCCCUAGGCGCUUCUUCCUCCGCCGGUUCCUCCCCAUCUCUCUUCGGCCUCUCAACCUUUGGCUCCUCAUCGGCCGCAUCCUCAGCCUUUUCUACCUCCAGUCUUUUCUCGACGUCUGCUCCAUCUUCCGCCGCUUCUACCUUCAGUCUUUUCCCGCCAUCUGCUCCAUCCUCCGCCUCUACUACCUCUAGUCUUUUCUCGCCAUCUGCUCCAUCCUCCGCCUCUACUACCCCCGGUCUCUUUUCCUCGCAGGCGGUCUCUUCUCCCAAACCCAUCCCUUUUCCCUCAGCAUCCGCCGCACCUUCCGCUUCCUCAAGCCCUAAUUUUGGUUUUGGAUUGGGGGCUUCGACUCCCAACUUCGGCUUCGGUUCGUCUUCCACUGCUGCCUCUCCGUUGUUUGGUACUUCCGCUUCCCCUCCGGCGCCGGCGCCGGCCUUGUCCUCGGCUCAGACACUGUUUGCUUCGUCAGCUAGUGCCGCACCUUCGGUGCCUUCGUUUGCUACGUCCUCAUCUCCCCCCGCCUUUUCUGUGCCGACGACGUCUGCUCCAGCUCCAUCCUUCGUAUCCCCGUUUCCUGCCUCCUCCUCUGCGUCCCCUCUAUUCUCUUCUUCUGCUACCGCUACCUCCUCUCCUGCCAUCACCAGCAUUUCGACCUCUCCUUUCUCCUUUGGAAGUGGCAGUUCCUUUGCUCCGAGUUCGUUCGAUGCCGUGUCGUCUGGUAGUACUACUUCGUCCUCACCUGUUACUACCACGUCCACCUUGGCAACUGGCUUUUCUUUUGCGACUCCGACAUCUGCUGUGUCCCAACCUUCCUUUGGGUUUACCAAUGCUGCUACAUCAACUCCCUCCAGUGCAUCUAUGUUCUCCGCUCCUACUGCUGCAAAGCCUUCAACUCUGUCAUUUGGAUUUGGGGUUAUCUAA